AUGAAAAACAACGACGCUAACCAUAUGCGCAAGCGGUCGCGCGAGGAUCCAACGAAUGCAGAAGCUGCGGAGUUUUCCGAAGACCAGGGGGUGGGCGGCCAGCAAACAGAGGUAAAAGGGACAAAAUCCAGCUCAACGUCGAGGGUAUCCCCUGAAAUACCAGAUGAGAGCGCGUGUAUAUACGAAUACGUGAGUGGGCCAACUGCUGUUAGUACCAGCGGUGGCAACAGUGGAAAUAGCCCUGGAAGCACUCACCCGUCUGAACGUAAGUUAAAGCAGGCGACGCUACCUUCCUAUGGAUUGGUAAACGACACUGCGGUAUUCCGCAAAGAGCUUGCUGAUAGAGACGCACAGAUCGAUGAGCUUCGCGAGAAACUGGCAGCCGUGGAGACGCGGAUGUCCGAAAGGGAGACAACUCUUGUCAACACGCAGGCACAACUACAGGAGGCUGUCGAUCGCAACAAUCGCUACCAGGUUGUUCUUCGUGAGGAAAUGUUGAGAGCGGCCCGUCAAGAGAGAUGCGAUGCCAGACGUGCCUUACAUUUGAAGCAAUUUGAGCUUGGACAGAUAGCAGUGUGGCAUAGUAACGGGCGCGAGGUGUGGGUCGAAGGCAACAAAAUGAGGCAGCUCACCAUGCAGCUUGAGGAGCUUAGUGUACGCCGUGAUGAAGUGGAGGAGCUCAAAAAAACGGCUGAAAAGCGGGCGCGGCAGAUACUGAGGAGCAACGACGAGGACUCGAUGGCACCGGAAGCCCAAGCGGCACUGAUGGAGUUGCAGGAGGCAGCUCUGCUGUACACAGCAGAGUUUGCAGCCUUGGGUAGCGCCAUCCAGUCGCUAAAACAGCAGCAACAAGACUUAAAUCACGAGAAAAAAGUGUUUCUUAAGGAGAUCCGUCGCGUAAAUGACGAAGAUGCAUCUGCCUUCGUGGCUGUGCCGGCUCUCGGUCACAAUGGUCGAUAUGUAAUGAUGCAUCUGCUCGGCAAAGGAGGCUUCUCUGAGGUGUGGAAAGCCUUUGACUUGCAGGAGGCGCGGUACGUUGCGUGCAAAAUCCAUCGCGUACAGAGGGAAUGGUCACAACAGGUGCGACAACACUACCGGGACCGUGCAGUUCGUGAGCUAAAAAUUAUGCGAAUGCUGGAACACCCGCACCUUACACGGCUCUUCGAUGCCUUCGACCACGGCACGGCAACGUUCGUAUCGGUCAUGGAAUUUAGCGCGGGGACCGAUCUUGACACGCAUCUGAAGCGUUGUGGCACCCUCCGUGAGGUGGAGGCGCGGUUAAUAAUUAUGCAAGUAGUCAGUGCGUUGCGCUAUUUCGCAGCACAGCAUCAACCGGUCAUCCACUACGACCUUAAACCGGCGAAUAUUCUUCUCCAUUCUAGUAACCAAAGCAGUUUGCUAAUCAAAAUAACGGACUUUGGUCUCAGUAAGCUCAUCCCGAAGCGAGACGGGGCAAGCGACAACCCAACCAUAGAACUGACGUCACAGGGGGCGGGAACAUAUUGGUAUCUUCCGCCCGAGUGCUUCGAUACCACAGCAACUCCUCGGAUCAGUAACAAAGUUGACGUGUGGUCGUGCGGUGUUAUAUUCUAUCAGAUGCUAUUUGGUCGCCGUCCAUUCGCCGAGGGCGAGUCACAGCAACAAAUAUGGCAAAACAAACUCAUUGUUUCUUCUGCACACACCUUAACGUUUCCCGACACCCCGCGUGUCUCGCAGGAGGCAAAAGAUUUAAUACAAAAGUGCCUCGAAUACCACCCUGCGGACCGCUACGACGUGAUGCAACUCAGUCAGGACCCGUACCUGCAGCGCAAUACACGGAGGCUCUCACGCACCGAAAGGACACUCCCCGCAGCAACCCAGAAUUCCUCAACAACAGUGGUGACGACUGCUGCGGCUGCCUCUGGGGUAACGCUGACAGGCUCCGUUGAGGAGAAGUUAAGUAACAUCCCCUGA